CUCGGACACCCAGACCACCAUUAGCAAGCACCUGACUCUCCCAUCAUCUACUCAACCAGAGUCUACCACACCCUCAACUCUGGUGCUCGAUCGCCCAUCCAUUUUAUAUCCACACAGUGUCAAGUGACCGACCUCCUCUACCAUACUCCUUCUUUUCCACUCCCACCUUAAUCUGUUGGUGGUGAAAGACGUUGGCAAACAACGACAACAAAGAAGACGAGUCUUAAAUACGUACUCACCCCCACCCGAUUGCGCCUCUUCCACCUGCGGAUAUCAGUUCAACAUCAGGCGCAGGCUCACUACAACCAGUGUACGAGCCAGCCUAUCGUAGUCACCAGGAUUCGUAUCGUUAGCCUUUCGCGAACAUGACCGACACUGGCCUACCCCCCGACUGGGAAGUCCGCCAUUCCAAUUCCAAGAACCUCCCGUACUACUUCAACCAGAAGACACACGAAUCGAGAUGGGAACCUCCAGAGGAUGCCGAUACUGAAAAGCUCAAGGUCUACAUGGCGCAACAUCACAGUUCUGCAAACACCCGCAUUGACGGUGCUGCGGCUGAGGGUAAAAUCCGGGCGGCACACCUUCUCGUGAAACACAAAGACAGUCGUCGACCGUCCUCCUGGAGAGAAACUAAUAUCACUCGUUCCAAAGAGGAGGCCAUUGAAAUGCUGAAGGGCUACGAAGAGGAGAUCCGGUCAGGCCAAAAAUCCCUCGGAGAUCUCGCCGUCUCAGAGUCCGAUUGCAGCAGUGCCCGCAAACGAGGCGACCUGGGUUUCUUCGGCAAGGGUCAGAUGCAAAAGGAAUUCGAAGAUGCUGCGUUUGCUCUGGCACCUGGAGAAAUGAGUGGCGUCGUAGAGACUGCGUCCGGAGUACACCUCAUUCAACGAAUUCAGUAGGGGCGUGCGUGGCUGAUAACAAGGCGGCGGUGAUCUACAAUUGCCCAGGCUGCGACAGCGUCCGUCCGGUGUGGGAGCAAGAGGCAUUCUGCUGCAAUAUUUUUCCUCGUUACACAUGGGCAAAUGGGUGGUUAGAAGUGCAAGCCUUACACCAAGGCAAGAUUGAGUUUGUACAAAUAACAUGGAACGUGCCUCUGCUAAAAACAGGUUCUUCCCAAAGUGCCAACAAUAAUGACUGGCGUCACUGGGUUCUGUGUCUCUGCUGGCGAUCGGGCGAUUCCAGAUGAAUUUCGCCGGUGUCUUACACUUUGCUGCGAGUAUCUCGAGCCUUGUUGCAAGUCCCUACCUGGGUAGAUACUCGUACUACACGGCGCAUGUGGUAAGAUACGAGUACGGGAUACUCCAUCAUCAGCUUUGAAGUGGCCCAUGCCACCGAGAGUUGCUGCAGGUGAUGUGAUUCGAUCACGGCUUCAGCUUGGGGCACUGAGUAAUGC